GGCGGGCGGCCCGGCGGCCCGCGGCCCCCCAGCCAUGUCGGCCGACGAGAUGGUGCAGAUCCGCCUGGAGGACCGCUGCUACCCGGUGAGCAAGAGGAAGCUCAUCGAGCAGAGCGACUACUUCCGCGCGCUCUACCGCUCCGGCAUGCGCGAGGCCCUGAGCCAGGAGGCGGGCGGCCCCGAGGUGCAGCAGCUGCGCGGCCUCAGCGCCCCGGGCCUGCGCCUGGUGCUCGACUUCAUCAACGCCGGCGGGGCCCGCGAGGGCUGGCUCCUGGCCCCGCGGGCGGAGCAGGGCGGAGGGGUGGAGGAGGAGGAGGACAUGGACGAGGCGAGCCUGCUGGCCGAGCUGGUGGAGGCGGCCUCCUUCCUCCAGGUCACGUCCCUGCUGCAGCUGCUGCUGUCGCAGGUGCGGCUCACCAACUGCCUGGAGCUGUACCGCCUGGCGCAGGUGUACGGGCUGCCCGACCUGCAGGAGGCCUGCCUGCGCUUCAUGGUCGUCCACUUCCACGAGGUGCUGUGCAAGCCCCAGUUCCACCUCCUGGGGGCUCCUCCUCAAGGCCCCGGGGACGGCAGCCUGAAGCAGAGGCUCAGAGAGGCCCGGAUGACCGGGACUCCUGUCCUCGUGGCCCUGGGGGAUUUCUUGGGGGGGCCCCUGGCCCCUCACCCCUACCAAGGGGAGCCCCCGUCCAUGCUCAGGUAUGAGGAGAUGACUGAGCGUUGGUUCCCGCUGGCCAACAACCUUCCUCCCGACCUGGUGAACGUCAGGGGUUACGGGUCCGCCAUCCUGGACAACUACCUCUUCAUAGUGGGCGGGUACAGGAUCACCAGCCAGGAGAUCUCGGCUGCGCACUCCUACAACCCCAGCACCAACGAGUGGCUCCAGGUGGCCUCCAUGAACCAGAAGAGGUCUAAUUUCAAGCUUGUGGCCGUUAAUUCAAAACUCUAUGCCAUUGGUGGGCAGGCCGUUUCUAAUGUUGAGUGUUACAAUCCUGAGCAGGAUGCCUGGAAUUUUGUGGCACCCUUACCAAAUCCUCUGGCUGAGUUCUCUGCGUGUGAGUGUAAGGGAAAAAUUUAUGUCAUUGGAGGAUAUACUACCAGAGACCGCAACAUGAACAUUUUGCAGUACUGCCCCUCUGCCGACAUCUGGACGCUCUUUGAAACCUGCGAUGUCCACAUUCGCAAGCAGCAGAUGGUAUCUGUUGAGGAGACCAUCUACAUCGUGGGGGGAUGUCUGCAUGAACUGGGGCCCAACCGGAGGAGCAGCCAGAGCGAGGACAUGCUCACCGUGCAGUCCUACAACACUGUCACAAGGCAGUGGCUCUACCUCAAGGAGAACACAUCCAAAUCGGGUCUUAACUUGACUUGCGCACUUCACAAUGAUGGCAUCUACAUCAUGAGCAGAGACGUUACCCUGUCAACCAGCUUGGAACAUCGAGUUUUCCUCAAAUACAACAUCUUUUCAGAUAGUUGGGAAGCAUUUAGGCGUUUCCCAGCCUUUGGACACAACUUGCUGGUUUCCUCUCUUUAUCUGCCCAAUAAAGCAGAAACAUGACUGAACUGACUGAGGAUUUAAAAGAAACCUGGUUCAAGACAGAAAAAGGAAAAAAAAUGUAGUAUCCCAUUUCAAGGGAGACCGAUUUCUAAAGGGAAAACAUGAGUUAAAGUAGGUCACAUGUACAAUAGCUGUAAAUAAGCUUACUUGAACUAAUUACUUGAAAACACGUGGAGAAAAGAGACCAACUUUAUUAUUUUUUUAAUUAUUGAUUUUUAAAUGAUGGGAGCAAAUCCAUGAUAAUAUUUUCAUCCAAAUAUGAUACCCUUGGGCCAGUGACUGAAACUGAUCAUCAAAAAGAAGAUUCAUUGUGUCUGCUUUAGUAAAGGGCCAAAGUCAAUAACUGACGUGAAUGGUAAAGAUCAUUUUAAAAUCCAUUUUAUUUAGGUCACUUGAAAUAUCAUUAAUACCUUCAGUGAGAGAUUUUUGUUGUUGUUCUUCACAUACUUGACAAAUAUUUAUAUUAACAUUGUCAUUUGCCCCUUUUCUCCCCACAUAUCCUUCCAGUGGUUUAAAAAUCGGGUUCUGUAUUUAGAUAUUUUAUUUACACUAUCUUUUAGGAAGCUUACAAUGAUGGAGCCCUAUAGUUCUUACAGCAUCCAGUCCUCCCUCUCUUGCUUAAAACCUUCUCAGCUAUUUUUCCAAACUUUUUUGCAAUUAUGUGUACUGAAUAGAUAGGCAGAUGUAACCUCUUAUUUUAUUUAGGUAGCAGGUUGCAAAUUUAUGUGGUUAGAUAAGUUGCAUGGCUAGGCAUUCUGUAUUGUUUAAAAGAGAGGAUAUAUUGUUUAAAAGGAUGGAGAUAUAUAUACAUAUAUAUAUUUUUGAAAUUGAGUCUUAAAUUUAAAUGGGAAGGGAAGGAAAGGCCAAAUAAGGAAAAAAAAAUGCCUUUAAGAGUUACUUUUAAUGAAUGUAUUUGACUUAGUUCUCUUUUUUGGGGUAAGAAAGAUAACUGUCAUCUUUAGAUCAGGCAUCUCUCUAAUUUAAUCUUAACCUUUUAAUUCAUGCUUUGCUCUUAUGAGGUAAGGUGAGGAUAGCUGUAGAACAUUUGUGCUGGAGAGAGAAGGGGCUCUUUUAGAGAUGGUACGGCUUCUGGUGGCUUCUCUGGAUUUAGGUAGGUUCCCUUCUUGCCUUGGUUGUUGAAUGGAACCAAGCUCCAGCAGUUGUUUUCAGUAAGUCACCUAACACGAAUAAAAGCUGCUGCCAGUCAUAGGUCCAUCCCUUUGAAAAUGUAUACUUAGAGAAAUCUUAUUCUUUCUGAACUUCUCUGAUCUUUUGUGAUGGAAUCAGUGAAGCCGUGAGCUGGAGUCCAUCUUUCUGUUCUAACGUUCCAGUUACAGCAUGUCUCACUUUAAGAAAGUCCCGCAGGAAAAAAAAAUCAUGGCAAAUCCAUGCAUUCCGCACUUACCCGCUGCUUCCGGCGUGUAUUCGCCAUGCAGAUGUGGUGCAGAGGGGUUGAUCACUUCAGCAGAGCUCUUCAGGUCAUCAGAAGAGUCACUGCAGGGUUUCUUUAACAACCAUGGCCAGCUAGUGGAGUUAAAAUCAGGAUCUGGUUAUAAAAAUCCUAUUUGCACAACUUUUCAGGACUAUUAAGUAAAAUGAGGCAAGCCUUUGUUGUGGACUUGGAGACAGCUCUUUGAUCUUGUUACCAAAUAAUCAUACCAGUACUCUACUUACACUACUUAAGGGUUUCUAAGCCAUAUCCAUUUAUUCUCAAAUACUUAGCCUUUUUUUUUAAAACUCGGAACUGAAAUCAUCUUGGGGAUGGUACUCUAAUAAUAGAUUUAUAUUAAUUUAUAUUCAUUAUGUAAUUGAAUUUCCAGUGACCUAUAAUUUCAUUGCAUAUAUUUAAAAAUCUAAUUUAUUUUAGAUAGUGUUGACUUUUGUUGCUACAAAUUUUAAUUUUUUUAAAGCUUAACCUUGUAUAUCCAGAAGAUUCUAGCCAGUUGAAUUAGUUCUGGACAAUUUGACCUUAGCUUGUAAAUAACCACAUCAUAUAAAAUGUAAUAUUGCUGCCAACCAGUUCUCUUCCUGAUUACAUUCUUUGGAUGUGUUUUCCUAAUGCCAACAAUUAGAUUCUUGGACCAAGUGAAGGAAUACUCUGAUCCACAAAGUUCUUUUUAUAAACCAGGUUUGAUGUGUGUGUAUAUGUGCAUAUUAUCUGUGUGUGUAUGUGUGUGUGCACGCACGUGUCGUGGCAUAUUAUAGCUCUAAGAUACACAGACUUUUAACAAAGUUUUGUUACUCUGGACUGCCAGUGGUACUUGGGCAAGGCACAAUGUGCAGUAGGAACAGAUCUGUGGAUUUGGGUCACCCUUUUUCCUGCCGUGCACAUGAGCUACAUUGGCAUUUUGAGGAUAAUUUUAAUUUAGCUCUGUUCUCGUAUUGGUGCCAGUGUUGUAUUAAAGACUCUACCUAUGAUGAGGGAAUGUUGCAUUGAAAAUCCCGUCAUCCCCCAGGACUUUGCCUUUUUUUUUAAUUUUUAUUUUUAUUCCGGUAUAGUUAAUAUACAGUGUUAUAUUAGUUUUAGGUAUACAAUGUAGUGCUCUUUGAUGAUAUCCUUCCAUUUUCUUCCUUCCUCCAAAUGUUUCAUCCUUCUUUUCUGAAAUACUUCUGAGGGGUACUAACCUCCCACUGCAGAGAGGGGAGUUAGUGGAGGACCCCUGAUAGUGGGAGCCAUCCUGCCAGAAGCAACCUAUUUUACUAAGAAUAGUCUGAGUGGCAGAGUGAAUCCUGAGUGUGGAUUGGUAGAGGGAAGUUGGUUCUUCCUGUCAUUUUUCCUGGCUUUCUUCUUAAGACCCUUGGUUUCAGAGGCCUCUCCCCUUAGCAUCCUUCAAAGUUUUUCUGAUGAAAAUAUAUGAGUUAUUUCAACAGUGUUGGUUAAGUCAUAACAAUGAAGUACUGAGAAGGUUAUGGAUUCUACUAAGAAACAAAUAGAUUAAGAUUAAGCAUGAAUACCAAAGAGAAUUGAACUCGGCCAUGUUUUUUUGAACCAAAAUCCCAAGUAAUUCCAAAUGCCUUAGACAUCAAUUAAAGUUGUAUUGAGAUGGACAAGCUCUUUCUCUCCAAAGGGUAUUAGAAGUAAAUGCUUAUUUUCUUUCAAUAAAGACUUACUUAAUGAGCAUUGUGGAUGCCAUGUUUUCAGAUUUCCAGGUAAAGUCAUGACCCUACCUGUUUGGCCACACAGGUAAAUCGAGUGGAAAGGCCUUGGCCUUCUUGAUCAACCAACAUCUAAUGAGCAGUGGCUUAAUGCAGAGCAUUCGUGAGGCAGCAUAGUGACAGAAAGGGAAGAUGGGUGAGUUGUUGGAUGCCUUUUUCCUAGACCAGGGAUGGGGAAUAUAUAACAUCUGUGCCACCACUCUCUGAUGGUGGCAUUAUGAAUGAGUAGCACUCCUUUCCUCUGUGCCAGGAAUUGGUCUCAAUCCAUGUCAUCAGUGUUUCCAGGCAUCCAUUGCCCAUCCCUCAGAGUGAGAUGAAGUUCAUUUGUCAUCCCUGCCUUAGAGGAAUGAAUGAAUUAGGUGAGUAGAUUACAUCCAAAAUGGCUUUGAAAACACUGAGCUGAUUCAGCUCUGUUCCCUGGUUCCCAGAAAUACUUACUGAAAGUCUAUUGUGUGGAGGACAAUAUUAAGACUAGGGAUAUAGUCAUAAAUGAGCCAUGUUCCCUGACCUGGGAGAGCUUACAGCCUUGUGAAAAUGUUUACUGUAAUCAUUGUAACCAGUGUCCUCAAAGAUGCCUGCUUUUGUCAGGCAUCCUGGGGCUCUCUGGCCUGGCUUCCUCUUCAGUCCUGGUCCAAUCUGUUCACUGCUUCAUGAUCUACUAACAAUUAUAACGAACCAGUUUUUCUCUAAAUUUGAACAUCACAACCUAUGUUUCUGUUUUAAUGGUAUGCUUUUUUCCCCACUAUUUUUCAUAGUCUUCUCUGUACUUCAUUUUUCAAAAGAAAAAUUACAUGUGAUCUGCUGUAAAGGUAAUUACUAGGAACCACAGCAUAUGUGGCUAAGGGCUCAGCAGCUUGAUCCCAUGAGAAGCAGGAGCAAAAUCAGGGAAAUGAGUAUCGGGAGAGAGGCGAGCUGUACACGUGUCUGUACCUAUGCCUGCAAAACACUUCUAUAAAAAGUAUUACUAGAUGGUUAUUAAGACACUUGUCCCGACUUAAAGUCAGUUAACUUCACCUGUGUGAUAGCUAUUAGAGUGGUUUUCUGUCCUUAUGUUUCAUUUACAUAAGAAUAUUUCUUAUUUUUCAUUUUCUCAUGUUAAUUUAGGAACACGGUAUAAAAUACACACCAGUUGACCUAUGCUAACUUCUGCACUUGACAUAACCAUUUUUAUUCAUUCCUACAGGAGACAUUAAAUGUAAAAGAUGGUCAAUUUUGAGGAGCAAAAGGGUGCUGAGAUGACUUUGGUAGGAUUGGCUGGUGCUUUCUCAAAUGGAUGUCAGAGUUUAUUACUAGUAAAGAAAAAGAAAAUGUAAUUUGCAUUAUUGUGUCAUUUUUCUAAGAAAAAUCUUAAUAGGGGUUCUUUAGAUGUCUCUACAAUGUUUUCCUAUCUAGUGGUCAUUUUAGGAAAAUUGAUAAUCUGUAGAAUGAACAAUUACAUUUUGUUAUUACUGACACUUUGUUAAAAAGGUUGUAUUGUGUCUUCAAGUUGUGGCUUAAAGUGUAAACAUUAUGAUACUAUUCAUUCAAAUACAAUGAUGCCUAUGAUGCACUCAAAUAGCAUUCGUUCUGUGUUUAUAACUAGAACUAUAGAAGAAAAUCUCUUCAAAUAAAAUAGUUCUAAAUCUUAACAA